AUGGAAGGUCCUAACAUGGAUAUGGAAGCGGCAAGAAAAAAAUUGCAAAGAAGGCUAGCGCAAAACCGUGAAGCUGCACGUAAAAGCCGUUUGAGGAAAAAGGCCUACGUUCAACAAUUGGAAACUGGUCGUUUAAAGUUGGCACAGUUGGAGCAGGAGCUCGAGAGAGCUCGACAGCAGCGUGUGUACGGUGGUUUACUGAAUACAAGCAAUGGUCUGUUACCCAAUAAUGUCAAUCCAGGUAUCGCUGCAUUUGAGAUGGCAUAUGAUUUGUGGGUUGCCGAGCAGCAAAAAAAGGACAAUGAACUUAAAGACGUGUUGCAAAGUCAUGUAAGCGAAUUAGAGCUUCGUAUAUUCGUAGACAGUGGCUUGAACCACUACUAUGAGCUUUUCCAAUUGAAAGCUAAUGCUGCAAAAGCUGAUGUGUUUUAUACGAUGAAUGGGUUGUGGAGAACACCCCUCGAAAGGUUCUUUCAGUGGCUUGGAGGUCCACGACCAUCAGAGCUCCUAUACAUACUAAUGCCACAACUUGAGCCUUUAUCGAAUGCACAACUGAUGAGCGUCUCGACUCUGAAACACUCUUGUAAACAAGCCGAGGAUGCAUUGAGUCUAGGAAUGGAAAAGCUUCAACAGAACCUUGCUCAGGGUAUCACUAUCGACAUAACUGGAGUUGGAAGUUACAAUGCACAAAUGACUUUAGCAAUGGAGAGGCUUGAAGGAAUCGAGAAUUUCUUGAACCAGGCGGAUCACCUACGACAACAAGUGUUGCAACAAAUGUCUCGAAUUUUAACCGCACAUCAAGCUGCGAGAGGGUUGCUCGCAUUAGGGGAGUACUUUCAACGUCUCCGUGCAUUAAAUUCCCUUUGGUCAGCCCGUUUUCGUGAGCCCACCAGCUAAAAGUACUAGAAUCACUUCAUUUAAUUUGGUGAACCAGUCUUCAUGAGCCUAUGAGCUACAGCAAACCUCACUUUCGCCACCAAGUCAUCGAAGAAGCUUUGAGCUAGCUUUGAGAUCGCCUUUCACAAAGGUUUCCGAUAUUACAAGUAUAUAUGAUUUAUGUGAUCGGAUAUAAUACUCAUUUUACCGAUUUAUAUUGUCCAAAAGCAUAUAAGUUUUUAUGGUUGCUUGAGAAUGUAGAUAUAAAACAUGAUGUUGUGCAUAUAUGCAAGAGGCUGAGUAUUCGUAGGUUGUUUUGGAUUCUAAGUCUAAUAUUAUGAUAUUGUCCACAUCAUUUUCGAAUUUAAAAAGGGUUCAUGCAUUCUAGAACUCUUGAAAGCAU